AUGCCCCCCGGUGCAGGAUUUCCGCCGCCGCCAGGUGGCUUUCCCCCAAACUUCCAAAUUCCCCCUCCUGGUGGGCCGGGCGGAUUCCCUCCCCCGCAGAUGCCGGAUCAGCACGGCCAAGGCCCUCCUCCCGGCGGACCUGGCUCACGUGGGCCGCCGACUGGUCCCCGGGGCUCAGAAGGAUACGGUCCACCUCCGGGAUCAGGAGACAGGUGGUGA